GUGAGAUAUAUGACCAUGAGAGCGUUAGCAGUGCUAGCUGUGCUGAUGCUAACUUGUGAGGCGUAUCGGGUGCUGGUGGUGUUCCCGAUCCCGACGCGCAGCCACAUCAACCUGGGCGAGGGCUACGUCAGGCACCUGCUGCGGGCCGGCCAUCAGGUGACGUAUAUAACUCCAGUUCCUAUUAAGGACCCAUCAAAGAAUUUGCGUCAAAUCGACGUGUCUUCAAACUUUGCUCUUUUUCCAGCGGGUGAAAUUUUAGACCUGACGAAGCUGAUGAACAAGGAAAUACCAGCGUUUGCCACUCCGGAGGUGCUGCAGCUCAUGCUCCUCAUCGCCAACGGAACGCUGCUGCACGAGCACGUGCAGCGGCUGCUGCGCGACGCUCGGGAGGAGUUCGACGUCGUUAUAGCGGAGUGGAUGUUCACGGAGGCGUACAGCGGACUAGCACCAGUGUUCGGUUGUCCGUUGAUCUGGUCGUCCUCCAUGGAGCCGCACGCCAUGGUGCUGUCCCUCAUAGACGACGACCCCAACCCUGCCUACGUGACGGACUACAGCUCGACCAUAGUCCCGCCCUUCAACUUCCAGCAGCGAGUAGCUGGACUCUGGACGUUUUUGUCCACUAAGUAUCAUAAAUGGCUCUUGUCACAACAGGAGGCUUCGCUAUACGAGAAAGCGUUAACCUCAGCAGCGGCCGCCAGGGGUCGCCACCUGCCUCCAUACGACGCGGCCAAGUACAACGCGAGUCUGAUGCUGGGCAACUCCCAUGUGUCCGCUGGAAGCGCGUUCAGUCUCCCGCAGAGCUACAUUCCUAUUGCCGGGUACCACAUAGAGGAGACCGUCAAGCCUUUACCUAAGGACCUCCAAACCCUCAUGGACAACGCUAAACACGGCGUUAUCUACUUCAGUAUGGGCUCCGUACUGAGCAGCAAAAGUUUGUCCGCGGAACUGAAACAUGCCCUCCUAGCUAUGUUCGGUCAGCUGAAGCAGACCGUCAUCUGGAAACUGGAGGAGUCACCCGAGAACCUGCCCAAAAACGUCCAUUUGAUUGGUUUUGCUCCUCAACAAAGCAUAUUAGACCAUCCUAAUUGCGUUCUCUUUAUCACGCACGGCGGGCUGCUAUCCAACACGGAGGCGCUGCAUUUUGGCGUUCCUAUAAUCGGAAUCCCCGUCUUUGCUGACCAGUUCCUCAACAUCGACAGGGCUGUGAGCAAAGGCUAUGCCAAGAGAGUGGAUUUUGAUCACGACAUUCCGGAGAAGUUGAAAGAAGCUAUUGAAGAUAUUCUUGGAAGCCCAAGGUACCGAGACAGAGUGAAGGAGCUCUCGUUCGUGUACCACCACCGCCAGAGCCCGCCCGGCAAGACCCUGGUGCACUGGGUGGAGCACGUGGUGCGCACGCGCGGCGCGCCGCAUCUGCGCUCCCCUGCGCUCCUGGUGCCCUGGUACCAGAAGAUGUACCUCGACCUGUUGGGUCUUGUGUUCGUACUUGUUUUAUUGAGUGUUUUUGUUGUAAGACGAUUCUUGUCCACGAAGAUUGAUGUGAAUAAGAAGAAUAGAUAAUUUAA